UUAAAGGGAAUUUCUAGUACAAAAAAGAAAAAAGCUGUGAAGUGAAUUUGGUUGAGAGAAGCAGGCUAGCUAAUGGAGCAGAGACACUGAGUGCAGUGCAAUAAAGCGUUCGUUGAUCACAGAGGAUCUGACAGGUGGACUGAGCUAGUGCCCAGGCAACCUAAAACCAGGCAGUAACCAGCUGUGAGAGGUGACAUGAAAGAACUCCCCCAAUUCAUCAUGCAACUUGUGAAUGUUGGCACACAUCAGUCAAACACACCCGAGAAACUCAGAACUGUUCCAAUCAUCACCUUAUAGUUGUAUAUCGAUCGUUACCACUCUUUUUAAAGCCGAGAGAGUAACCCCUGGAAACCUGUAUAUAUAUAUACCUCUAAGUCACUUACACUCUCGUAGAAUACCCACACUCUCGUAGAAUACCCACGCACAAAGCCAGAUAACAGUCAACAAAGGAUGGUGUUUGAUGGCUCGCUCUAUAUCAAACAGACUUUAUGACAAAUCGAAACGAGUCUACACACUAAUGUCUCAGAAAGAUAUCGAAGCUGAGAAGAAGUCUUACUGGUCCGAGUUGGAGAUACGUGGUCCGAUUAAGAACCUCAGUCCAGAGCUAUGGACCUUCACACAUCUCACAUCCCUCUUCCUAAACGACAAUAACCUACAGAGAAUACCUCCUGACAUAGCUAACCUGAAGUUCCUGCAGACGCUGGACCUCUCGGGGAACAAGCUACGUAGCCUACCAGCCGAGCUGGGGGACAUGACACACCUCAGAGAACUCCUCCUCAACAACAACACUCUCAGAGUCCUCCCCUACGAGAUUGGCAAGCUGUUCCUGUUACAGAUCUUGGGUCUCUCUGGUAACCCUCUCCAACCGGACAUUCUCUCAAUGUCAAACGAGGUGAAUGGCACUUCAAAACUGAUCACAUUCCUCCUGGACAACCUCACUCCACCCCAACAACCACCCCCUGACAGGGAGUGGAUACAACUCUCACGCAGAAACAGGCAGAGAGUUCCCGCCAACUUCACUGUAAUGUCGUACAAUGUCCUCUGUGACAAGUAUGCCACCCGUCAGAUGUACGGCUACUGUCCGUCAUGGGCCCUGGCCUGGGAGUAUCGGAAAUCAGCCCUGCUCAAGGAGAUUCUGGACAGCACUGCUGACAUCAUCGCUCUACAGGAGGUUGAAACAGACCAGUACUACUCUUUCUUCCUGCCUGAGCUGAGAGAACAGGGCUAUGAGGGCAUCUUCAGUCCCAAGUCCCGUGCCAGGACAAUGGGAGAGAGGGACCGCAAACUAGUGGACGGCUGUGCCAUAUUCUGGCAUAAAUCAAAGUUCACUCUGAUUGAGAAGUACCUGAUGGAAUUCAACCAGCUAGCAGUGGCACACGCAGAAGGCUCUGAAGCCAUGCUCAACAGGGUCAUGCCCAGAGACAACAUUGGGAUCGCUGUACUACUGGAGAUGAAGAACGUGAAUGGAAUCCACCUACCACCACAGCACUUUCUCGUGGCCAACGCACACAUACACUGGGACCCGGAAUUUGCUGAUGUGAAACUGAUUCAGACGAUCAUGCUAAUGAACGAACUGGACACGAUUAUAAUGAGAGCACAAGGCGAGAGAGGCAUUGGCUACAAGUCACCAUCUCCCGGAAUGCCUGGGAUCCCGAUUGUCAUGUGUGCUGAUCUCAAUUCUCUGCCCGACUCGAGUGUGCUACAGUAUCUUAUGGAGGGGAGAAUCCCUAUUGACCAUCCUGACUUGAGGGACUAUGGCUAUGAGGGGUUUCUGGCUCGAUUCAGUGAGUCUGUGAGACCUGGUAUGCGAUCGCCAGUUGGGAAACCAGAGCUCUUCCAUCAGUUCAAGCUCAAGCACGCAUACUAUGAGAAUCAGCUCCCGUAUACGAACUACACGUAUGAGUUCAAGGGGGUGAUCGACUACGUGUUCUACAGUUCAAACUAUCUCUCACCCCUGGGGCUGUUAGGACCUGUCAGUACUGAGUGGCUAGAGGCAAACAAAGUAAUUGGCUGUCCAAAUCCUCAUUUUCCGUCAGACCACUUUCCUCUUCUCUGCGAAUUUGAGAUUUUGAAUGCACCAUAGCAGCACUCUUUAUCCUCAAUUUAUGCCCACCUCAGCUGUAGACCACACAUUUUUUUCGUAAGUGAAUACAACUGCCCUCUUGUAACCAUUGGAAUAUACAUGUUCUCAUUUAUUUCCACUUUUCUAUAUCACAUUUUUCAUGCACAGAAUGCUUUAGUUUAUCUCCUACCAUACCAACCACCAGUUGUUUGUUGUACAAAGCAAGAUGUGUUUAAUAGUACUGUAGCUGUUUUAUCGUUUAAGUUUCGAUGCAGGGCGUUGUAUGUUGUGUAACUUACAUGUACGUAUGUCUCCACCGUUUUGUAUAAUGCACUCACUGUGGUCUAUACUCUGCUUGUCAUUUCAUUCUGGCAGUACCUUAUUGAAAAUUUAUUGAAACUUGAUAA